CAUUUUGUACAUGAUAUGUCUGAAGUUCAGAGAGGGACAGUGGUUUGCCCAAGGUCACACAGCAGGUCAAGGAGGGGCUGCUCCCACCUUCCUUGCCAGCUCAGGACGGCACCCAGUGGCCCCAGACCCACCCUGGAGGCCCUGGCUGAUGCGUGUGGGGGUGCGUGUCUUCCCGGCCAGAUCCUGCAGCUCCUGAGAGGCAAGCUGGUGGUGGGUCACGACCUGAAGCACGACUUCGACGCCCUGAAAGAGGACAUGAGCAAGUACGCCAUCUAUGACACGGCCAGCGACAGGCUGCUAUGGCGUGAGGCCAACCUGCACCGCUGCAAGCGUGUCUCCCUCCGCGUGCUCAGCGAGCGGCUCCUGGGAAGGCGCAUCCAGAGCAGCCUGUCGGGCCACAGCUCGGUGGAAGACGCCAGGGCAACCAUGGAGCUCUAUCAGAUCUCCCGGAGAAUCCGCGCCCACUGAGGACCGCCCGCCCGGCGGUGCCCGCUGGACUCAGCCCCUCCCCCAGGGGCCACGGGGGACUUCAGGACUGCGACGCCUUUGCUCUUGGAAAAUGCAUCUUUGGUAGUAAAACGCCUCUAUAUUUUCUCUACGCCA